CUCUGCAGGCGCCGGAGGGACCGCGGUCCAGAUCUCCAGUGCCUGUUGGGUUUUUACCAAAAGGAAAGUUGACAGCAUAUGAUUCCUUACACGUCGAUGUAGGUCCAGUACGAUGACUUCGUAGAAAGGCCGAGACCAGGUGGCAAGGGAGCCCGGCUACCGAAGGAUGAACGGCGAGGAGGAAUUCUUCGAUGCCGUCACAGGCUUUGAUUCUGAGAACUCUUCCGGGGAAUUUUCAGAGGCAGAUCAGAGAGUCGCUGGAGUGAUGCGCGUGGAUACCGGCAGAAGCAAUGGGAUUGGAAAGGUUGGGGAGAGGCCCCCUCAAGAGAAUGGGAUUCAGAAGCACAGGACAUCGUUGCCCGCUCCAAUGUUCACCAGAAGUGAUUUUAGUGUGUGGAGUAUUUUAAAGAAAUGCAUCGGUUUGGAGCUGUCCAAGAUCACCAUGCCCAUCGUCUUCAACGAGCCUCUGAGCUUCCUCCAGCGGAUCACAGAGUACAUGGAGCAUGUGUUUCUCAUUCACAGAGCCUCCUGCCAGCCCCAGGCCCUAGAAAGGAUGCAGUGCGUGGCGGCCUUCGCGGUGUCCGCAGUGGCUUCCCAGUGGGAGAGGACCGGCAAGCCCUUCAACCCCCUCCUGGGAGAGACUUACGAGCUGAUCAGGGAAGAUUUAGGAUUCAGAUUCAUAUCUGAACAGGUCAGCCACCACCCGCCCGUUAGUGCAUUUUAUUCAGAAGGCCUCAAUCAGGACUUCCUGUUUCACGGCUCCAUCUACCCGAAGCUGAAGUUCUGGGGCAAGAGCGUGGAGGCCGAGCCCCGGGGCACCAUCACGCUGGAGCUGCUCAAACACAAUGAAGCCUACACCUGGACCAACCCCACCUGCUGUGUACAUAACGUGAUCAUCGGGAAGCUCUGGAUAGAGCAGUAUGGGACGGUGGAGAUUGUAAACCACAGAACUGGAGAUAAGUGUGUGCUUCAUUUUAAACCCUGUGGAUUGUUCGGGAAAGAACUUCACAAAGUGGAGGGGCACAUUCAAGACAAAAACAAAAAGAAGCUCUUUAUGAUCUAUGGAAAAUGGACAGAGUGUUUGUGGGGCAUAGACCCUGCUGCGUAUGAGUCCUUCAAGAAACGGGAGAGGAGAGGUGACCAGCUGAGCAAGGCACAGCCGGACAACGGCUCCCAGAAAGCUGAUGGUGACGUGCUGGACUCCGUGCCCGAGGUUCAGGAGACAGUGCAGGUCAUUCCCGGCAGCAAGCUACUCUGGAGGGUCAACACUCGGCCCCCCAACUCUGCCCAGAUGUACAAUUUCACCAGUUUCACCGUCAGCCUCAAUGAGCUGCAGAGUGGCAUGGAGAAGACCCUGGCCCCCACGGACUGCCGCCUACGCCCCGACAUCCGCGGCAUGGAGAACGGCGACAUGGAUCUGGCGAGCCAGGAGAAGGAGCGGCUGGAGGAGAAGCAGAGGGAGGCCCGGAGGGAGCGAGCCAAACAGGAGGCUGAGUGGCAGACGAGGUGGUUUCACCCCCCCCCCCACCCGUACACGGGGACUCCCGACUGGCCCCCCCCCCGGGGUUACUUUGAGCGGAAUUUCUCACCCCCCCCCCAUAUCUACUGA